AUGCACCAACUCCGCACCUUCAACUAUGUGGCGUCUGAGCUGGGCCACGACGAGCCGGUGCUGCACGCCGUCUUUGCAACCCACCGCUGCCUACCUCCAGAACCACCGGAGGCAAACUUCAUGACGAUUAUUCCUCAAACAGUCACCGCUGCCUCACGCAGAGCGAGCAGCGGUGGUGAAAGUGUUGGAGCAGCUGUGCACGCUGAAAAUACAGUCGCGCUGACCAUGGAGGACACGCUAGCCGCACCGCUGGAGGUUGCUCUCACAGUGGAGCAGGAGCUCGCCAAGCUCAGCAAGAAACUCGAUGCGUGGAAGGUGCAACGCCUCGCUGAUCUUCAGGCGCCUGGAGGUGAAUAUUUCCCUUCACGAUUGGCGCAGAUGGAGACGGCGAUGGAGCAGAGGCUGGCGCGCAGACGCAUCGAGGAACAGGACCGUGCUCAGAAGCGCAUGGAUGUCCUCCUCAAUUAUCUCGGUCCGCGCAUCGAUGAGCAACUGCAGCUGGUGGCACGUGAGUACGACGGUGAGGAAGCGCCGUCGGGCAGCGAUGCAAGGGUGGAAACGACAAGCGAUGUGAGGGAUUCGGCUUGCGCGGACAAGAGUGCAACCUCCGCCGCCACACCGUCGCCGCCCUCCCCUCGUGCGCGCAUUCUCUGCGACCAGCAUUACUUUGUCACGCGCCAAGAGAUCGCGCUGGAGGAGCGGGUCGCAAGGCAGGCAGUACUGCGCAUCAUCUGGAACGCCCGCCGUCUGGCGCAACUAGUCGACGACGAAGUGUCGUUUCGCCAUAGCAUCGAGGCAAGGGAAGUCGCGUGGCGAGACCGGGUCCACAGUGAGUUGCACGCUUCCCUGGAACUGGACCAUGCCUAG